AUGCCUCUUAACCGAGCUAUCGUAUCAAGCCUUCUACGGUCCCCCGUCCAGACAGAAGAGGAUAGGCACCCAUGGGGUCUCAAAUCCUCUACCGACCUUGACAAACCGCUGCUGAGGACUUGGGAUAAAUUUUCAGGUAGCAAACCCAGCAGUACGGGCAUUAUGUUAUCGAGGUCACCCCGUGAACGACUAGACACCCCCAGAGCCCGAAAGGAAUUCCUGGCUAUACACGCUGACCACCAAAAAUGGGAUGAUACUCCAUUUAUUUCUUUCACACAAUCACCACAAGAGCUCCAAGAUACCGCUGAAUUGAGAGAACCCAGGAGAGGCUAUCAAACGAUCACUGUGUUGAACCCAAACGUUCGAGCAAAGAAGGGCCUUCCCAUCCUCAAUAUGGAUGCCGAAAUGCGUUAUUAUGGAAUUCCGGACCCCUACGGCAAGUCAAAUAAAUAUUACAAAAAUCAUUACGUCUGUUUAUGGGAAGUCACCGAAGAGGAGUUCAUUGGAAAUUGGUUAUGGGAGGAGCUACUCAGAACCGACCGCUGGUACGAGCAAGUCAUCUUGCCCGCUUUUGAAAGGCAUAAUGAUAAACACCUUGUCAAUAAUGGAGCACUCAACAUGUCAGACUUACGGGAUGCAUUGCUUGAAACGCAAGCGCCUUCCAUAAAAGCUCUUGCUGGCCCCUACAGGUGUUUCUCCAGAGAUGUCGAAACUUCCAGUGAGGAUGAAGAGUACGAAGUUUGGUUCGAAGAAGAAUCUGACUCGUACGAUGAGGUUGAGGAGAGGAAUGCAAUGGACGAUGCACUGAAAACAUUGGAGGAUUGA